GCUGCAGAAAGAGGAAACAAAGGACGGGAAACUCCCCUUUUCUAACCUAGAACAUGGCUUUCCGCGCAGAGACUGGUGACAAGUCACCACGGACUCGGGUUUUUUGAUUGGUCAGUUGAGAAACUAAAAUAGCUGGGUUAAAAGGAGGGAAACCCCCAGUGCUUUCCGCGGUCCCGUCGGUGACUUGCACUGAGACCCCCUUGCUUCAUGACUUUGGCUAUUUUCCGUUGAGCGCGGCCGCCAGCCUGAGCGAGUUCACGGUGCGGUCUUGUCCCAUGCCGCCCCCUCCCACCGCUUCUCUCUAUCCGCAGGCUCUCCCUGGCCCUGUGGCAAAUCUACCCUUCUUCCGGGCCCAAUGUGGCCAGGCAACUGGGUUCGGCUCGCUGAGGCUCUGUCCAGAUCCUACAAGGAAGCAGCUGAGAGGUCAGGAAGUGGAGCGCCGCGGGAACGCACGCUUCCAGCGCAUUCUCGCUGGAGAGUUCUCUGGGCAGGACUGGGCUGAUCAGGACAAAACAGCGCAGUCACUGAUGGCGUCCGUGGCGGGUGCUGCUUUUUGGGGUAGCUCAGCCUCGACGUGAAGGUUCUGUUUCUCUGGGCACAGCGCGAAGAAGGAGUAGGACGCUCAAAGAAGACAAAUACUGGAGGGCGGUGCUCUGGCAAAAAAGCAGGUGUCUGGGGGUGUCUAAAAGAACUGCUUCCACAGAAAAUUAAUUUGAGGGAGCAGAAGAUUCAUCAACAAUUUGCUAUACCAAUGUCAGCACAAUGACGGUAGCUCUCCUGGGUGCUCACCGUGUGCUAAGAGCUGCUAAGCCCAUUACAUACAUUGUCUCAUUUAAUCCUCACUGAAAUCCUAUGAGAGAAUCCCAACUCGGAAUUGGUGAUAUGUCAAUCUCAAGAUUAGACUGCCACCUUGAAUCUAAAUGAGUUGCCUUCCCCCUCCCUCAUAAAAAAGGUGGGUGGGUAGGCCAUUCCAAUCAGGGUUUCUCUUUCUCUUAAGCUAAUGAUGAUCAAAGCAACUGACAAACUGCCACGGAAUCUGCCAGACCUCACUCUGGCCUUGCUGUAUGUCCCCAGUGCCUGAAUUUUCUUCCUUCUGUCAUGCUCUGAGCCCAUUCUUAGUAAACUACCAGGUCCCUGACUCCUGGUCUGCAGCUACUCUGGGCAUGUUGUGCUCUGAUCUAAGUACCUGCAUCUGCCCUCUGGUGGCCUGAAGACAAGAGCUUGAUGGAGGUACCUUCCAGACCCUGCUCCAACAUUGAGCCAGGCAACUACGAGGAAGUAUGUGAUCUGAUCACCCAGAUACCCUCUAAAGUGCAGAUACAAGAUAUUACUAAGGAGCUACACUGCCCACUGUGUAAUGAUUGGUUCCGUGAUCCAUUGAUGCUAAGCUGUGGCCACAACUUCUGCCAGACCUGUAUCCAAAACUUUUGGAAGCAGCAAGCAAAGGAAACAUUCUGUCCUGAGUGUAAGAUGCUAUGUCAAUAUAGCAACUGUACAUUCAACCUUGUACUUGAGAAGCUGGUAGAGAAGAUUAAGAAGCUACCCUUACUCAAGGGCCAUCCACAGUGCCCAGAGCAUGGAGAGAACCUGAAAAUAUUCAGUAAGCCAGAUGGAAAACUAAUCUGCUUUCAAUGCAAAGAUGCUCGGUUGUCUGUGGGGCAGUCUAAAGAUUUCCUGCAGAUCUCUGAUGCUGUCCAUUUCUUCAUGAAGGAGCUCACCACCCAUCAAGAUCAACUGGAGGCAACCCUGAAGGAACUUCAGUCCCUGAAGAAUAUGCAGAAAGAUGCUAUUGCUGCUUACAAGGAAAACAAGCUACAUCUGCAGCAACACAUCUCCUUGGAGUUUCUAAAGCUACAUCAGUUCCUGCACAGCAAAGAAAAGAACAUUUUAAAUGAGCUCCGAGAAGAGGGGAAAGCCUUGAAUGAGGAGAUGGAGCUAAAUAUGAACCAGCUUCAGGAACAGUGUCUCCUAGCCAAGGAAAUGUUGAUGAGCAUCCAAGCACGGAUGGAACAGCAGAAUCCCUUCGAGUUUCUCAAAGAUAUCUCAUCUCUUUUGGAUAGCUUGGAACAAGGAAUAAAGGUGUUGAUGCCCAGAGAGCUUAUCUCCAGAAAGCUGAACCCAGGCCUGUACAAAGGUCCCAUCCAAUAUAUGAUGUGGAGGGAAAUGCAGUUUUCUCUCUCUCCAGGCCUAUCUUCAUUAACUCUGGACCCUAAAACAGCUCACCCAAAUCUGAUGCUCUCCAAAAACCGAACUAGUGUGUGGCAUGGUGACAUUAAGCAGGUAAUGCCCGAUGAUCCAGAAAGGUUUGACUCAAGUGUGGCUGUGCUGGGCUCAAAAGGCUUCACAUCUGGAAAGUGGUACUGGGAAGUAGAAGUAGCAAAGAAGACAAAAUGGACAGUUGGAGUCGUCAGAGAAUCCAUCAUUCGGAAGGGCAGCUGUCCCCUGACUCCUGAGCAAGGAUUCUGGCUUUUAAGACUAAGGAACCAAACUGAUCUAAAGGCUCUGGAUUUGCCAUCUUGCAGUCUGAAACUGACUAACAACCUCAACAAGGUCGGCAUAUAUCUGGAUUAUGAAGGAGGGCAGGUGUCCUUCUACAACGCUAAAACCAUGACCCACAUUUACACCUUCACUAACAAUUUCACGGAGAAACUUUAUCCCUACUUCUGCCCUUGCCUUAAUGAUGGUGGAGAGAAUAAAGAACCCUUGCAUAUCUUACAUCCACAGUAAUUAGUCAUACUAUUGUGUAUUCAGAGUGUUAUUAAAGAGAUAUUAAAAUAGUU